AUGCGUUAUAUUUUGUAAACAGACUUAUUAUUUUAUUUUUUGUGCAAAAACAUUUGUUGAAUAAUUGGUUAUGAUUGAUUAUACUUAUGAUUAUGAUUUGGUGCGCUGUAAAUCUUUGUGAAUUUCUCUUGGAGUGGCUCGAAGGUCAUGAGCAAGCAUCUAAAGAGGUGCCGCAAGGUAGUCGCUCCUCUCCCCUUCCAUAUUUUGGAAAACACAUUAUUACUGAUAAAGAGUAUGUUGUUGUUCAACAUUAAGCAUGAUGAUUAAGGUUUGGUAAAGACAUCUGGCUGUGUCUUUGUUAAUGUUAUCUGAGAAUGUUAUAGCAAUACUCGAUGCUGUGAGCUGGACAUAGGUUUCAUAUUUCAACUGAGGUGCUGCAGCCCAGUGAGGCAGAUAAAAACAAACCCAGACCGACACAGUUCAUCUUCACUUAGCCUAGCUCAGCUCAGAUUCACACUCAUUCAUGUCGUGGCUGCAUCCUUGUAUCUUCAGCUGCUAGCUGCUGCAGACACUGUUUGCUUCCUUAAACUCCUUUGGGCUGUACCAUCUCAGCUGAGUGGGGGUCCUCCAGGGUUUCAGGAUGUCCUCACCGGCAAACGUUUUUUCUCUCAUCUGCUGCAUCACACCCAUUUGCAGCCCCCCCGCACCCCUCAGCUCCUCGUGCCUCAUGAGCCAGAAGCUCACAGUCUCUCAGGGCUGUUGGCCAGAAACAACGCAGCGUCUUAAUACCCUCCGCCGCCUCAGAUUCCACUCCCCCCUCUGCUUAUAGUACAAUCUCAUCAUUUCCAGCUUGCGAAGGGAGCGGAAGAGAGGAAAGAGAGAGAGAGAGGGAGGGAGAUGUUUUGAGCUGGUUUGCAGGGAGAGAUUGGCCUGAAUGCGUUCUGUCUGCUCUUCAGAGGCAUCCAGGUGAGCUGUUUCCUCCUGGAAGAUAUGUGUCACAAAGAUGUCCACACGCAGCUGCCAGGGAACAGACUCAGUCAUCAAGCCCCUGGACACCAUCCCUGAGGACAAGAAGGUGAGAGUGCAGCGCACGCAGAGCGGCUUCGACCCGUUCGAGAAGCCCACCAGUCAGGUGAAAAGGGUCCACUCUGAGAACAAUGCCUGCAUCAACGCCAAGAGCUCAUCCGCCGGCAAGGAGUCACCCAAACUGCGCCGUCACUCCAGCCCCAGUUCUCCUACAAGCCCCAAGUUUGGAAAGGCAGAUUCCUAUGAAAAGCUGGAGAAACUGGGAGAAGGUUCAUAUGCUACUGUUUACAAAGGAAAGAGCAAGGUGAAUGGGAAACUGGUGGCUCUGAAGGUGAUUCGUCUGCAAGAGGAGGAGGGAACUCCCUUCACAGCCAUAAGAGAAGCAUCUCUUCUGAAAGGCCUGAAGCAUGCCAACAUUGUGCUCCUCCAUGACAUCAUCCACACCAAGGAAACCCUGACUCUGGUCUUCGAAUAUGUGCACACAGACCUGUGUCAGUACAUGGACAAACACCCUGGGGGUCUUCAUCCAGACAAUGUGAAGCUAUUCCUGUACCAGUUACUGCGAGGCCUGUCCUACAUCCACCAGAGGUACAUUCUUCAUCGCGACCUGAAACCACAAAACCUGCUCAUCAGCGACACCGGAGAGCUCAAACUCGCUGACUUCGGCCUGGCCAGAGCAAAGUCGGUCCCCAGCCAUACUUACUCCAACGAGGUGGUGACCCUGUGGUACCGGCCUCCAGAUGUCCUGCUGGGAUCCACAGACUACUCCACCUGCCUGGACAUGUGGGGAGUGGGCUGCAUUUUCAUUGAGAUGAUCCAAGGAGUGGCUGCCUUUCCUGGAAUGAAGGACAUCCAGGAUCAGCUGGAGAGGAUAUUCCUGGUCCUUGGCACCCCAUCUGAGGAUACCUGGCCUGGUGUGAACUCUUUGCCUCACUUCAAACCAGAUCGCUUUACGGUGUACAGCGCUAAGAAGCUCAGACAAGCGUGGAAUAAGUUGGGCUAUGUGGACCAUGCUGAAGAGCUGGCCUCCAGAUUCCUCCAGUGCUUCCCAAAGAACCGGCUGUCAGCCCAGGCAGCGCUGAACCAUGAAUACUUCAGCAACCUUCCUCCACGGCUCUGGGAGCUGCAGGACAUGUCUUCUAUCUUCACUGUACCAAAUGUCAAGCUGCAGACAGAGAGCGGGGACAGCAUACAGGUGUGUGCACGAAGGAACAGUCAUGGAAAGGCAUCUUCUGGCAGCAAACACUGACCUGAGGCGGCAUCCCGCACGUGAUUGCCUGACAGGUGGCUGUUGGAAACAAAAAAAAACAAGAAACAUGAAGACAAAGAUGCUGAGACGGAGAAUCCAGAUGAAUGAAAGAGCCCCAGUUCUCUUUAUUUAUUACCUUCACAAUAUGUGUGUGCCUGAGUGUGUGUGCGUGUGCGUGAGAAAGAGAGCGUUGAGUAUUGAGGAUAGAUAUGAAUGCAUGUGUGCAUUAUGAACGGUACCUAAGAUUUCAGGCUAUCAUUUGCAAAUUUUGUUUACUUUUUAUAAGGUUCCAAUAACUCAUAUAUCAUUGUCACAGUAUAAACAAAAGGACUUUACUAUUGGUACAUAUUGUGUUUUGUGUUUGUAACUAGCCUCCUAUUUAAGAAUGUAUAUUUGUAUGUAUGAUAUACUCAUCUAGAAACUAUAUAAUGGACAAUUUUAAUAUUGCAUCAUCUUGUUACCACUAUACUGCUCUUGCCAAGACACACAACUCAACAGAUGCACACAGGAGACAUGUAUACAAAGAUACACCUGUAAAACAAAAAACAAUGCAGUCAGUUCAAGCAAACAAACAAAAAAAAUUCUUAAAGAGUUCAAUUUUCAUUUCUUUCCGGCCAGGACAACGAUAUCAAUAAUAAUGGUGGGCUUUCAGGUGGUGUAACACAUCCUCUGGUUGCCAUAUUGGAGGUCCUUGGUUGGGGGUAGCUGAGAACAGCUGGUGUUGUUUUAGGUACAAAACAAAGUUGAUUUGCAUUUACUUUAACAGUUGAUGUUAUUAUGUCAUGAGACUGAUUUGUGUUAACAUAAUGUUAGCUUGUUGGCUAGUUAACUGUGGUAUUUGUCAGGUGACUGUCACCAUUUUGGUACCAUCAAAUCUGAUAUGAAAGUGCAUAUCUACUAGGUCAGAUUAAAUAACCAAGGUGAUUAAAGUUUUAUGUUUGGAUAUUUUCAAAGGAAACUUUUACAGUUUUCACCAUCAUUCCCAUCAUUUAUCAGAGUAUUUCACUUACAAGUAAUAGUAGAUUUUGGCACAUGGGUUGAGCGCCAUCUUGGAGUCUGUUAUUCAGUCUUUAUAACACAGCCAUUGACUAAUAAUGCACAUAUUUGCCCUCAAUUUCCCUGGGGUUAAAAUAUCUGCAAUGCAAUGUAAUGCAUGACGAUAGUGGACUUUUCAAUGUUUGUACCGCAAGAUAAAAGUUUGUGAGUAAAUGGUUAUCAUCCGUAAGAAUGUUGGCCAAAACAGGAAAAUACUAAUGAGAAUGAUUCUGCUUGAUCUUUUCCAAUGGACCUCCAUGAUGGAACCUGCUUGUUAUGAGUUUUGUGUUGCAACUUAAAAGCCUCUCUAACAUGAAGGAUCUCUGCUGGAAAUGUUGACGGUGCACACAUAAGACAACAGGGACAGCACAAAUCAGUGUGCGUAAGAAUAUGGACGCAAUACUGCAACUGACAACUGCUGUAAGCGUGUGUCUGACAGAGAGGUGAGUGUGUGUGCUGGUGUGUGUGAGUGUAUAAAACAUGGGCAAUAGCACUGGUGCUUCCAUCCAUGCAUAUGAGCUAAUGUACAAAAGGUAAACCACCAAGGCAAUAGGCUGCGUGUCCUACUGUUUGAUCCGGCCCACGACAAUCCUCCCUUUCACUUUAUGUGAUACCUUCGCAAGCUCUGCAAUAUUCAGAAACAGACGAUCCGAGUCGAUAACUUUUUGUUCAGUUCGUGAGUGAAAUGUUAAGAUUGAUCCGGAGCUUUUCUGACAAAUGAAGUGUAAGGAUGAGUGCUUUGCAGUGUGUGUGUGUGCAGUAUGUGUGCUGUUAGUGGUGGUUAACUGAUCAGUCCCUUCGCCGCCAACACGUGCUCUCAUAAAGAGGCGUCCCCUCAACAUCCUACGUGUUCUAAACGUUCCGGACCUUUUAUGACACCAUGAUGAGCUCAGCUGUAUAACGUACUUUCGUUUGCAAAGAUGUUUAUACAGUGUUUUGGUCUUUCUUUUGAUGUUUUGUGUGAAACUAUAUUACAGUUUAGACGUAUGGUGAUAAUUGUGAAGUACUAUCAAUACAAUGGCUUCCUCUUUGAUCUUGAUCAGUUUGAAAUCGUCUGAAACAAUAAUAUUGGCCCUGCACUGUUGAUUAGCUGAGGAGAUAAGGCUGCAAAUGUUUCGGCAUGGAGAAUUGGAAACUGUGGCUACUUACUGAGUCACUUCAUUGCCGCUUGAACACACACACACACACACACACGCACACACUUGUAACAUAGAUGUCUUGUCUGCUAGGAUAAACUUCCCGCACCCAUCUGGUCCUAUCAGCCACAGUACAGUAUAAACCUACAGCCCCCACCCCCCAUGACCCCACCAGCUCUGCAGUCUGUCACAUUUAAGGACAUGUUCUGAUUUUUUUAAUGUCUAUCUUAACACAGUGCUCACAUAAUGUAAUUAUCCCUGUACUCCAUCGCAGCCGUGAAGUGAUACUGUCAGUGUAAGAGUGACUCUAGUGUCCAUAACAAAGUGCAUUCCAGAGUUCAGCUAAUAUGAGGUUUUAUCAGUCGGAGUUAGUUCAAACGAGUUUAUCUCGUCUGGUGCGAGUAACUUUACUGACAUCUACUUGUUUCAAGAGCUGGUAGACCAAAGAAAAGUUUAAAUGACAAGCAAUAUUGGAGCUUGUUGAUGUUUGUUUCAGUACACAGGAAACAUCAGUAUCAUAUGUCUAUCACUUUCUUUAAGAUUGACAUUAAUGGCAAUAGACUGGAUAUCUAGCACCACCAACUGUACAUCUUAAUCCUGAACUCCUAAUACACUUAACUUACACUUACUGUUGAUGAUUUUUUUUUUAUAUGACUUAGCUUUGCUAGUCUGUUGUGCCUGAUUGGAAGUUUUGUUUUUAACUGGUUGUUAAAAAGCACAUUGGGAACCUGGUUCUUAAAAGGUGCUAUAUAAAUAAAGUUAUAAUUAGAAUACUUUUUAUUAAAAGUAAUACAUUUCUUUGUAACAGUAGCGGAUGGAAAUGUGCAUUAAUGCAUAUCAUCUUGUGCUGAUUACCUGGAAAUUUAUUAGAUAUUGGAACAAUGUUCAGACUGCUGAAUAUUAGCUUCGAUUGAAUUUUGAAAUGCAUUUUGUAUUGAAUAACAGCUAUGGAUUUUGUCCCCACAGUGCAGUCACUUCACAAUCAUUGCAGAGAGUCUAAAAGUCAUAAAACGCGGAUGGCGCUGAAAGACAUGAGAGUUGUCUUUAAAAGUUGCGUGUCAUUCGCGUGGCGUCCCGUGGGAUCAUGUUGGUACUGAGUUAAGAUGGGCCUGAAAAUAUGUGAACCUGUGCUUUAACAGAGGAAAAGCAAUGAAGAAAAUUGAAUUGGAGAAUGAUAGUGCUUUGACAUUUUACCACGUUCCAGUCCAGCUUCUUCGACUGUGGACGGUAGUGGCUCUGAGGCAAAAUAAAUACUUAUGGGCUAAACUCUCCCCAGUAGCGUUUUGAAAAUGCACUUUAAAGAAAAAUCAGUUUGCCCUACAUUCCAGCCUGUAUGGUCACUUUUAUGCACUUGCUUUGCCCUUACUGAUAAAUAUAUAUAUAUAUAUAUCUAUAACCUUGCUUUGCCUGACAGAAACAGUCCAUCCCUUCUUACAAAUGUAAAUACCGUCCCUCAUUUUGAAUCUGUACCACAGAUUGAAUAGAGCUCGUAGAAAUGCUGUACUUGAAGUUAUCUUGCGGCUUUUCAAUGUCAUCCCCAGGCUGUGAUUGUGCGGCGGAAAAAAAGGGGAGGAGAGGGGGUGGGUAAUGCCAGUAAAGCGGCGUGACAGAAGAGGGUUAAUACCAUCGAGCUGUGCUAAGAUUGCCCAGCCUCAUGUGGCUUUAAGGGAUUGCAGGCAGUAUUAGCAGCUGAAUAAUUAUUUUUGGGAUGUUUCUCCUUGUGCACACUUUUGGUGUGGCACCCAUCGCUUCGUUUCUCCCUCAACACUCUUUACUUCUGUGGAGCUUUGGCAGCCUGCAGUCUUGUACAAAAAAAAAAAAAAAAAAAAAACUUAUAUUUUUGAGUCCUGUGUGGGCAGAGUUCCUGAAGGCACUCUGUUCAAACUUGAAUGUUCAUAUAUUUCAGAUAAAAGUCCAGAGACUAGGUGGAAUUGCACAUUUAGCACUGUGACGGGAAACGUGAGAAAUAAUAACAUGAGACAUGUCAAAGGUGGAAAAUGACAGGGUGGUGACACACCAAGUAUGAAGUGAAAUAGUGAUGCUUCCACUAUGUUUGUUAACAGGGUUGCAUAUGUCCCCUUAAUGCUAUCAGAGAGAAUCAUAUAUGAAUAUACAUAUAUGAUGAAUAUAAAUAUAAGGCAUCUAUUUUUGGCAUUCUUUAUCAUGUGGACAGAAGUGGUGUAGGUGUGAAAAACAUAGGUGGGAUCAUUGUGCAUCCUCGCUGUGCUGAACAAUGAAUCUGUGUUUGCAACUUUUUUUUUUUAACAAAGCUUCUCUUUGCAUUUUAUUUUUCUUUUUGUAUGCUGCACUGAAAAUACAUCAUUUUCACAAGUGGUUUGGAAAACAGAAGUGUCGUCAGUCACUUCAUCAAGUGAAACAAUAUAGUAUACUGUAGAAUAGCUGUUGCAUUAUUUGUUACAACCUGUAUGUAAUGUUAUUAUGGAAGAUGUAAUGUCCUUCUGUAAAUGUUGUUUAAUGUUGUUUUACCUGAAAUAAAAUUUAUUAAUGCUUCA